AUGAUUUACUUUCCUGUAGCAUGUGCUCUUCGACUCAAGGAUGAAGACAAAUUGUCUGAUAUUUCACGAUGGUUUAUGAAAGAAUACCAAUUUGUCACUGAUGCUUACAGACUCUUUGUGACCCUAAGUAGGGUUUGUGGUAACCCCCAGAGAUCUCUUUUUCAUUCAGCACCAAGCAUGAAGUUUAUGCUUCGACAAGUCAAAGCAGUCGAUUAUUCACUUCCGCCCGACCCAUUAUCGCCAUUCAAACGCUCGCCCGAGUCUAUAUAUCAAGAACGCGCGAGCCUUACGACAAAAAAUGCAGAGGGCGAAUAUAUACCCGCAGAGGAAAUGGAUGUUGCUCUGUUGGUGCUAUAUGGGCAUAUCCUCUAUGCUGGCAACAGUUUUACAAAUGCUUUGAAUUACUUCUUCCGCGCAUACGCCCUUGAUCCUGAGAAUCCAGCUAUUCUCCUGUCCAUUGGACUCAGCUAUAUCAGCCAUUCCCUCAAGCGUCAGUCAGAUAAUAGACAUUACCUUGUCAUGGAAGGCCUGUCUUUUAUGCAAGAAUACCGUCGGAUCCGAUCCCAAAGCUCAAUCUUACAGGAAAGACAAGAAGUCGAAUUUAACUUUGCUCGUGUUUGGCAACUGUUGGGAAUUGGUCAUUUGGCUGUCGAGGGCUACCAAAAGUGCCUUAAAAUAGGCGAGGAGAUCGAAACCGAACGUCAAAAAGCCCAAAACCCAAAUACAGUUGAAGGGGCAACAGUGGGUGAACAGCGUGGUGAGGCCUGCCUAGAAGAUUUCUCUCGACAAGCAGCGUAUGCAUUACAAUGCCUCUAUUUGCAGUCAGGCGAAAAAGACCUAUGCAAGAGAGUUACAGAGAAAUGGCUUUUGAUCUGA